GCCGCCCCGCAGCUCCCUGACGGCCGCGAGCCCUCGAGCCCCGCGGCAGCCUGAGAUGCCCGGCACGCGGCUGCAGCCGGCGGGCAGCCCGCGGGGGCCAUGAGCCGCUGUGGCCGGUGAGGAGCCUGGCGCGGGGCAGCCCUCGCCUCCCUCGCUCCCUCACUUGCCCGCCCGCCUCGAGAGGCCGGGAGGAAGCGGUCUCUGGCCUGUCAGGAGGACCAUUGGUGCUGUGGUGGAAGCCAGCGUCUAAGUCUUGUGUAUGGCGUGGUUAAGGUUGCAGCCUCUCACCUCUGCCUUCCUGCAUUUUGGGCUGGUUACUUUUGUGCUCUUCCUGAAUGGUCUUCGGGCCGAGGCUGGCAGCUCAAGGGACGUGCCCAGUACGGGGCAGAACAAUGAGUCCUGCUCAGGGUCCACAGAUUGCAAAGAGGGUGUCAUCCUACCAAUCUGGUAUCCAGAGAACCCUUCCCUUGGGGACAAGAUUGCCAGGGUCAUUGUCUAUUUUGUGGCCCUGAUAUACAUGUUCCUUGGAGUGUCCAUCAUUGCUGACCGCUUCAUGGCGUCCAUUGAAGUCAUCACCUCUCAGGAGAGGGAGGUGACUAUCAAAAAGCCUAAUGGAGAGACCAGCACGACGACAAUUCGAGUCUGGAAUGAAACGGUCUCCAACUUGACCCUGAUGGCCCUGGGCUCCUCUGCACCUGAGAUUCUCCUUUCCUUAAUUGAGGUAUGUGGUCAUGGGUUUAUUGCUGGCGACUUGGGGCCCUCUACCAUCGUAGGCAGUGCAGCCUUCAACAUGUUCAUCAUCAUUGGCCUCUGUAUCUAUGUGAUCCCCGAUGGAGAGACACGCAAGAUCAAGCACCUACGGGUUUUCUUUGUCACUGCUGCAUGGAGCAUCUUUGCCUACAUCUGGCUCUAUAUGAUCCUGGCUGUCUUCUCUCCUGGUGUGGUCCAGGUCUGGGAAGGCCUCCUCACCCUCUUCUUCUUUCCGGUAUGUGUCCUCUUGGCCUGGAUGGCAGAUAAACGACUGCUCUUCUACAAAUACAUGCACAAAAAGUACCGCACAGAUAAACAUCGGGGAAUUAUCAUAGAGACGGAGGGCGAGCACCCAAAGGGGAUUGAGAUGGAUGGGAAAAUGAUGAAUUCCCACUUCCUAGAUGGGAAUCUGGUGCCCUUGGAAGGGAAGGAGGUGGAUGAGUCCCGUAGGGAGAUGAUCCGGAUUCUUAAGGACCUGAAACAGAAACACCCAGAGAAGGACUUAGACCAGCUGGUGGAGAUGGCCAACUACUAUGCUCUUUCCCACCAACAGAAGAGCCGGGCCUUCUACCGAAUCCAAGCUACUCGUAUGAUGACUGGUGCAGGCAACAUCCUGAAGAAGCACGCAGCAGAGCAAGCCAAGAAAACCUCCAGCCUGAGUGAGGUGCACACAGAGGAGCCUGAGGACUUCAUCUCCAAGGUCUCCUUUGACCCAUGUUCUUACCAGUGCCUGGAGAACUGUGGGGCUGUCCUCCUGACAGUGGUGAGGCGGGGCGGAGACAUGUCCAAGGCUGUGUAUGUGGACUACAAGACAGAGGAUGGCUCUGCCAAUGCAGGAGCUGACUAUGAGUUCACAGAGGGCACUGUGGUCCUGAAGCCAGGAGAGACCCACAAGGAGCUCUCUGUGGGCAUCAUUGAUGAUGACAUUUUUGAGGAGGAUGAGCACUUCUUUGUACGGCUAAGCAAUGUCCGUAUGGAAGAGGAGCAGCCAGAGGAGGGGAUGCCACCUAUACUCAACAAUCUUCCCUUGCCCCGGGCUGUCCUGGUGCCACCAUGUUUGGCCACAGUUACUAUCUUGGAUGAUGACCAUGCAGGCAUCUUCACUUUUGAAUGUGAUACCAUCCGGGUCAGUGAAAGCAUUGGCAUUAUGGAGGUCAAGGUUCUGCGGACAUCAGGUGCCAGGGGCACAGUCAUUGUCCCUUUUAGGACAGUAGAAGGGACAGCCAAGGGUGGUGGUGAGGAUUUUGAAGACACAUAUGGGGAGUUGGAAUUCAAGAACGAUGAAACAGUGAAAACCAUAAGGGUUAAAAUAGUAGAUGAGGAGGAAUACGAAAGGCAAGAGAAUUUCUUCAUUGUCCUUGGUGAACCGAAAUGGAUGGAACGUGGAAUAUCAGCGCUCCUGUUAUCUCCAGAGGUGACAGACAGGAAGCUAACUGUGGAGGAAGAGGAGGCCAAGAGGAUAGCAGAAAUGGGAAAGCCAGUAUUGGGUGAACACCCCAAGCUAGAGGUCAUCAUUGAAGAAUCCUAUGAAUUCAAGACUACAGUGGACAAACUGAUCAAGAAGACAAACCUGGCCAUGGUUGUAGGGACCCAUUCCUGGAGGGACCAGUUCAUGGAGGCCAUCACUGUCAGUGCGGCAGGGGACGAGGAUGAAGAUGAAUCAGGGGAGGAGAGGCUGCCCUCCUGCUUCGACUACGUCAUGCACUUCCUGACCGUCUUCUGGAAGGUGCUGUUCGCCUGUGUGCCCCCCACUGAGUACUGCCACGGCUGGGCCUGCUUUGUCGUCUCCAUCCUCAUCAUUGGCAUGCUCACUGCCAUUAUCGGGGACCUGGCCUCCCACUUCGGCUGCACCAUUGGUCUCAAGGAUUCAGUCACAGCUGUUGUCUUCGUAGCGUUCGGCACCUCUGUGCCAGAUACGUUUGCCAGCAAAGCUGCCGCCCUCCAGGAUGUGUACGCGGAUGCCUCCAUUGGCAAUGUUACAGGCAGUAACGCUGUCAAUGUCUUCCUGGGUAUUGGCUUGGCCUGGUCCGUGGCCGCCAUCUACUGGGCCCUGCAGGGACAGGAGUUCCAUGUGUCAGCGGGCACGCUGGCCUUCUCCGUCACCCUUUUCACCAUCUUUGCGUUUGUCUGCAUCAGUGUGCUCUUGUACCGAAGGCGGCCACACCUGGGCGGGGAGCUUGGUGGGCCCCGUGGCUGCAAGCUUGCCACUACGUGGCUCUUUGUGGGCCUAUGGCUCCUCUACAUACUCUUUGCCACCCUGGAGGCCUAUUGCUACAUCAAGGGGUUCUGAGCCAUGGAACAGGGCCUCCAGAAGGACAGACCUCGGACUUCUACCAGGAGAAGGGCCCUCCCCCAACAGGGACCUUUCCCAGUUGACAGCCCUACACAGACCACCCGGGGCUCGUGCCCUAGGAGCUUCACCUGACUCUGGCCAUGCACUGGAAAAAGUCCGAAUCAAACAGAAUGGGGGCAACAUCAACUUUCCAGAGUAUUUCAUUAAAUACAAAUCAACAGCAGCAACAAAUCCACCUCUAUACCAUCCUCCCACACCUGUCCCAAGUCCACAGCAAAGGUCAGGCCCUUCCUCCUCCUGUUUUGCCUUCCAGUGACUCCUUUGCCUCCAGGUUCCUUGGGGACAGGGUCUCUGCCAUCUGACCCAUGUGAUAGAUCAUGAUUCUCGGGUUCAGCUUGGAAAGAUGUGGAAAUGACUCCUUUCCAUGUGGCUGGUUUAGGGUUCUCUUUUCAUUGUAAUCAUUAUCAUAGAUGCUUUUGUUUUUCCACAAGAUUUUACUUGUUUGGUCUUGUCUUUUCUUUCUGAAGUCAGUGACAAAGGUGCCAUGGAGGAACUCCACGUCUGAGCCCGCAGACAGAGGCAUGGAUCUUCAGAUGCACUGUGACUCUCCAGAGGUCACCCCCAUGCUUGGCUCAGCAAGGUCCUGUCCCCUAUCCCCUCCCCCCAGUUCUUUGAUGACAGAUGACAUUUGGGUCAAGUAAGUUCAACAUGAGGAUCAAGAAGAGCUUAUUUGCCUCCAUUGGAAUCAAAUCAAACAUACGCAACUGUCUUUCUCCCUGUUCACAUCCGCCCACUCUGUAGGUCUUGUUUCAGGGUUUUACAUGUGGCCUCCUGCAGAAAACUCCAUGUAAUGCAUGCUUGUAGGGCAAAGGUUGGAAUAGGAUGGUUGGGUGAACAAGAGGGAUGCACAUGCCUUCUUAAACAUCUCUGGUUUAGCAUGUGAGGCAGGAGACAAGAGGUGUUUAACCAGUGAGAUCUUCAAGGGAAAAGAUUAUACAGCAUUGAAAAUGGCAGUGUUUCUGAGAAACGUCGACCUCACACCCCCUCACAUCCCUAUACACCACACUAAGAGGGCUCACUAUAUUUUCUUAACAUAAUGAAAGAAUUUAGAGGUUUAUAAGAGAAUAAAGGAAUUUUCCCACCUCUCCUGGUCCUCGGGCCAGGUUGGAAAGAAUUUUCACAGGAUAGGAACUGAAGUCCUCGUUUCUCCCAUGUCCCUGCUUGUUUAUAAACCUCAUGAAGCUCUUUUACCAGCCUUGGUGGGGGUUGCUAUUUCUUGCCCCUCUAAGAAGCCUCUCAGUUGCUGAAAUCCCAUGGAGUGCAAGUUUCUAGAAAAAGAGACUGACAGGCUCUGUGGACCUUUUCCCAGUGGACUGUGAAAGGAUAUGGCUUUAAAACACACAAACCCACAUAUGACAUCACCACAAAACUGCCCACAGAUCUUUAGGCUUUCUGCAUUGACAUGAAUACAUUUUCUAAGGGGGAAAAAUAAAAAAAAAAAACCUGUUUAAUUUUAAACACAUUUUUUAAGAAAAAAAUAACUAAAAAAGAAAUCGUGCUCGUGUCAUAAGCUACGUUGACAGUUGCCAGUGGAAAUAUUGGG